UCCAAAGGGUAGUGGGUAGUUUUUACCGUCUCCAUUGCUAUGGUGAUGAAGUUUAGGAUUUCGUAAUACGUUUGUGUAUAGUUGUAGUACAAUGCAUGAUAUUUUUGUACACAUUUGCUUCGUUGAUAUAGGUGAUUUAACUGAACGGUUCAGUUCUGCCUGGUGGAAGUAUUGUAUAUAGUUAAUGGAUUCAGUUGCUGGAAUCAAAAUUGAUGAAGUUAUACUUUACAUUGAAGAUACUCUUGAAAGAUUAUCAGCAAAAUUCAAUGAGUAGAAUUCUUCACCUGCUGCUGGGUUUUUCUAAUUUUGUAUUAUGCAAGAUGUGGACUUACCAGCAGCAUAGUUGCUAUGGCUCAAGAAUUUCUACCACUUUGUGAUGUUUUGUUCAACAUCAUUUCUCUUGCAUCAUACUUCUGUGACAUUGUGUUUGAUGUUGUUACAAUUUAUACAUUAUAUGUUACGGGACAGUUAGCUUGGUUUGUUCUUUCAUUGUCGUGCAUAAUGUUAUCAUUACUUAUCAGUCAGUUGUUGUCUUUGAAGUGGUACUUUCACAGAAGCAGCGGGAAGGAUUUCAAAUUAUCAGUUGUUGCCUUUGUUCAUUUGAUCCAAUUUGGUGUCCUGUGGAGGUAUUUCAAGCUCUUUUUACCAGUUGAUCUGAGUGUGGUAAAAAAUGAGGUGAGAGAUCUUUGUAUGCUACGACUGAUCCACGCCUUUUGUGAGGCAGCUCCUAUGCUACUUAUACAGUUAUAUCUAAUUUGGUUGAAAUCCUCAUCUUCAGAAGUCACUGACUUAAACCUUGUGUCAACAAUUCUGUCUCUGUUUAGUGUGUGCUGGGCUCUGGCAUCAUUUAGUAAAAAUGUUCGGCGGCGUAAUAUUCAUAAACUUGUUCUAACAUGGCUUGGUGUAAUAUUCCAGUUUUUCUGGCGUCUUGGCACUGUAUCAUCACGUGUUGUUGUUCUCACUGUAUAUGCUACAUUAUACCAUUACUGGGUGUUUGUUGUUAUUGCACUGCAUUGGUUAACGAUGUUUCUGUGGUUGAUAUCACCAAAAAAUGUUUUCCAUGGUGAAUCUAUAUCAAUUAAGAAGAAAACAAUGUAUUCCAUGUUGAUUGCUUUUGUAUAUAUAUUUUGUUAUAUAAAUCUGCAAGAGAUAAAUGGGCGUCAGAAAAUGAUGGCAUUUUAUGUGACUAUGUUUUUAGAGAAUUCAUUGUUAAUGGCGGUUUACCUUUUUCUUAAAGGCCAAACAGGUUGGUACAACAGUAUGUCUGUAAUUGUUGCUUGGGGUGGAUUUUCUAUAGGAAUGGUAUUUAUGGUUUUAUACUAUCGUUUCUUUCAUAUCCAGCAUUUGAAACAUAGUUUAGCACCACAAACUGAUGUUGAAUCUCACUGUGCAGAUUGUGUAGCUGAUACUUGUGAUACUCAUGGCAACAAGGCCAAUUCCUUUCCUGAACAAGAAGUAGUAAAAAAUGGCACAAAAUCUGUUGGAAUUACGCAGUUUCCUAAGUCUCCAAAUCCUGUGAUUUUUCAGCCUACUAAUGGACAUUUUCAAAAUGGAAUGGUUUCUGGUAUUCCAGGUGUCUUCAACUGUAGAUUGAAUCCAGCAUUUAAAAGGAAGAAGAAAAAACCAUCUAGUUUUGUUCCUCCACCUGCCCCUGUAUCUGCUUUAGGGGCUGGUAACAAGACUUCAAAUCCCUUUUGGAAACGUCUUCCUGCCAAAUCUUGUAGCAGCGAUCAUGAAAGUAGUGUUGGUUCUCGUGUAAAUAUUCAGCAAAAAUUACAAGAGAAGAAACAGCAGCAACUACAAGAGUUGAAAGAAAUUGAGGAAGAAAUCAAACAAGGUAAACUCAAAAGGCCUCAUCCUAUGGAAAUCGGAGAUCAAGAUACUUUGCGCCAACCUAUUCCACAUUCUAAAAAGCAGCCUUGGGUGAGGCCAGAAUCACCUGCUGCCCGUCUGCCAUUAUAUCAUUCCUUAAUAGGACCUCAUAUUAUGAAUGGUAUGCGGCCAAAGUCUAAACAAAGAUCUCAAACUCCAGAAAUAUUGCUUGUUCCGGAGACUCUUGAUAGCUCUAGGCUUUACUGUGAUUACCAAGAAUCACGGAACUCUUAUUUAGCUUCUCCUCCUCAUAUCAUUUAUCCACGAAAUUCUGAUGUGUCCAGUAACAGUAAUAUGUCUGCAGCAUCAAAAACUAAAAUAUAUCCUCGUUCUCGAAACCCAGGGACAGUGCGAGAAACACCAUCUUGCCGAUGUCCACCUCCAGAAGCCUCUACAGGUGUACCAUAUAAGUCUCACAAUGUGCCUUCUGAUCUUGACAGCCAAAUAUCUCUUCCUCGCUCGUACACUUUGCCAAGAGAAUUCCGUUAUUAUCGCCGGCCAAGGCCGCGGAAACCAGUUCGUACUGAACAUUUUGUGCCUUCUAACAAUUCUAGUGAUGGUGAUGUGGACUCUGCAGAUGACAACGAAAUAUAUGUGCCUUUUCCAAAUCACCGAGUAGGGGCUCCAAUUCGUUUGAGACCGUAUCAACAGCCAUACAGAGCUUGUGUUGCAGUAUCUGGACAACUGCACGAAACAAAGUUAUGAAUCAAAAAUUUUGUAACAUAAAGAACAGAUGUAAUAUAAUUUAUUUUUAUAAAUCAGUAUUUAAUUUGUAUAUAACUUAUGUAUAUAUUUUUAUAUUAAAUUUUUUAUUCAGAUUUUUAUGUUUGUUACUGGAGAUUUUUUCAGAAGUUAGCUUAAAAGAUAUGAAAUAUAUUUGCUUUGAAAGAAUUAAAGUGUAAAAUCUUUUGCAUUAUAUUUGAAAUAUAUAAAAGCUUCCAUUGUGAUUUGAAGGAAAAUAAUUUACACAUAUCUUUAUGUCAGAGGUGCUGUAUUAAAAAUAAGCGAACUUACUAGUAAUCAAGUUUUGAUAGUGUAAUAAGGAACAAACGUGAAGAGCAAAUUAAUAGUUUGCUAUUAAAUCAGACUUUGUAUAUAAAAUAUAGUAAUGCUGUUGUAAAAGUAAAAUAUAGUAUAACAUAUUUUUGAAGUUAAUAAUAAAAAUAUUUUUAAACUUUA